UGCGCCAAACAAAGCUAUGAGGAUCUUCACAAAGCUCGCUGCACCACUCACUCGGCCUCCUUUUUGUCUUCCUCUGUCUUAAAACUGCCUUCUCAUCCUCUAUACAUGCUUCUUCCUUCUCAACAACGCAUCUCUGCUCUCAUGAGGAGGCUCUUGCUUUGCUGCAAUUCAAGACAUCCUUCUCCAUCAAUUACGCUGUUCCGUUUCCAUAUUAUCCAGAUUAUUGUGUGGAUAGGUUUUAUACUAAACCUAAUUAUUCUAAGAUUGAGUCAUGGAAGGAAGGUAUAGACUGUUGUUCCUGGGAUGGGGUUAGCUGUGAUAAUGUCACAGGCCAUGUAAUUGCCCUGCCCUUAAUCUCACCUGCAGUUUCCUUUAUGGCACCUUUCCUUCCAACAGGACUCUUUUCUUCCUCAGAAAUCUGCAGAGCCUCAAUCUUGCCUUGAAUGAUUUUAGGCUUUCCAAGAUUCCACCAGAAAUCAGUCUGUUUACUAGACUAAAGAAGCAUGUAUAGAGGAUGAGAAGGCAAUUUUGUCAUUUUGAAUGUAUAGAGGAUGAGAAGGCAAUUGUGAAAUUAGUAAUUCUUCAGUGGAUUUUCAUCCAUACUGAUUUUCAUCCAUAUUCAUUCAUCUAUGCUCCUACUGCUACAUAUUACCAUACUUUCUUUUAUCUAUGCUUCCUUACAAAUUAGAAAUGACUUCUAUUUUGCUUGCAUUGAUCCUUUCAUUACUCUAAUGUUUUGGAUCAG